AUGCAAGCAGCUGGUGCGAUCCUACUUGCUAUUACAAAUGUCCCAGAAGCAUGUUACUGGGUUGAAACCUCAAAUGGAAUCUAUGGGAAAACAAGCAACCCAUACGAUUCGAGAAGAACAUCUGGAGGAAGCAGUGGUGGAGAAGGAGCACUCAUCACUGCUGCAGGCAGUGUGAUCGGGAUUGGUACCGAUAUCGCUGGUAGUAUUCGUGUACCAUCCUUCAUGAAUGGUAUUUUUGGUUUGAUACCUACACCGGGUGUGGUCCCACUUGAGGGUAGUCUCCCUUUCCCAGUAGGUUACCAGACUAAAAUGAUGCGAAUUGGUCCAAUGUGCCGCUAUAUCCAGGAUAUUCCCUUAAUGUUAGAGAUUUUGGGAGGCGAGAAAGCUGCGGAUCUCCGCCUUAAAACUGCCGUGGAUUUCAAGAAAAUCCGAGUUUUCUAUAUGGAGGGAUUAGAAUAUGUUCCGUCUAUUCAUUCGCUA